AUGGCAUCCGACGCCGUAUUCGUGCUGCCGGGAGAUAGCAUUGACCCGUCUCUUGUUCCUUCACAUCCUAAGAAACCUCUUCGUCUCGGUCCUGGACUACGACAUGUUCCUCCUAACGAUAUUAUUCCUACACUUGCUGGACAACUUGUAACCGAUCGACAAAAGAAUGCGAUUCGAGUAGAGAACUCUCGAGGAAGGCAGUACACCCCACGCGUUGGUGAACUCGUCAUCGGAACAGUCCAGCGUAGCGCUGCAGAUUUCUUUUUCGUUACUCUCUCCGACUAUACCGCACCUGCCCAGCUUCCACAAUUAUCUUUUGAAGGCGCUACCAAGAAAACUCGCCCCCAGCUUGCUGCUGGUGCGCUUGUCUACGCACGUGUGGCUCUCGCCAACCGUCACAUGGACCCAGAGAUAGAGUGUGUGUCUGCAUCAACAGGAAAGUCUGAGGGUCUGGGUCCUUUAACAGGCGGAAUGCUCUAUAACGUGUCACUUGGAAUGGCCCGACGUCUCAUGAUGCCUAAGAGUGUGCAGGAAGGCCGCGUUGUGGUAUUGGAAGAGCUUGGCAAUGCGGGACUCCAGUUCGAAACUGCAACGGGACGCAACGGCAAAUUCUGGGUUGAUAGCGAGAGUGCAAAGACAGUCAUCGCUGUAGGAAGGGCAGUACAAGAGACGGAUGAAAAGAAUCUGGAUGUUGAUGAACAGAAGAAGCUGGUGAGGAAAAUCAUCAAAGACCUGAGCUAA